AUGGUGUACGACUCGAGUGGUAAUGAUGUGAACGAUAGCCACGGAAAUGAAGAUGGUAGUGGAGAACAAUUGGCGCACAAGACUUUAGUGCGAACCACAAUCAGCCCCAACACCACCGCCGGGCAGAUCAUACGCACCACUAAUGGCCAGACAGUGGUCUUCACAUCCAUGCCGUCCGGCAAUCAUCACUUAAAACAAGGC